AUGGAGACGAAGUAUAGCAGGGAAAGGCCCACAGUCUUAGAAAUCGCCAACGAAGAGAGCGCUUAUGCGCUUGGCGCCCGAAAGGCAUGGCGUUCUGGUGCCAACCUUCUCCCGUCAGCGAUCGCAGCGUUCGGCGUUUUUCAAGAUUUUUACACUGUAACAUGGCUUUCACAUUACUCGAAAUCCGAAAUCAGCUGGAUAGGAUCCACGGGCCUCUUCUUAGAACUGACCUUCGGUGUUAUUGGCGGUAAAUUGUAUGAUAUGGGCUAUUGCUACACCGUCUUGCUUUCUGGCUCUGUCCUUUGGACGUUCAGCUUUUUCAUGCUGUCGCUCGUACAAGAGCAGCAAUACUAUCAGAUUUUUCUCGCACAGGGCCUGGGGAUGGGACUAGGCGUCUCUCUGAUAUUUGUGCCGACCAUAACAUUGGUUUCUCAUCAUUUCAAGGUAAAUAAAGGUUUGGCGAUGGGACUUUUGUCGUCUAGUGGACCAUUGGGAACCCUCAUUUUCACAAUCAUGCUCAACCAGUUAAUUCAUUACGGCCCUGGCUUCCAAUGGGCAGUGCGCGCAGCUGCAUUUGUGUCGUUAGGAUGCUUGAUCCUGGGUAACAUUCUCAUUUCCGUCCCUUCAAGAAGUGCACAGUCUUCAAUAGAGCAAUCACAACUGCGGAAUAGAGCGAUGCUGAAAAACAAGCCUUAUUUACUCACGCUCCUUUCAGGAUUCAUCGUACAGCUGGGGACAUUUUUCCCUCUGUUUUACAUACAGCUUUUCGCCGUAGAACAUUCUAUCUCAAACACUCUCGCGUUUUACUCUCUGGCCAUAAUGAACGGAGCUGGAAUUAUUGGGAGAUCACUACCCGGCUAUGCCGCUGAUCGAUGGGGUUCUAUCGAAGUAUGGUCCAUAUGUGAAGCUUUGAGCGGUGCACUCUGUUUCGCCAUGCUUGGGAGCGCUAAUGUCGUCGGAUUAGUGUUGUUUUGCAUAUUAUACGGAUUUUUCUUUGGUGCAGUCAUAUCGGUGUACAUGCCUGUCGUUGCUGCUUUGACUCCCAGAGAGGCCGACAUGGGAGCAUCUCUCGGGAUUGCCUCAAUACCUAUUGGUAUCGCUGCCCUCAUAGGAAAUCCUAUUAUCGGCGCAAUCAUGGGCACGCCUUCAGCCUGGUGGAAAGGAGUCACGUUUGCAUCGGUUUGCAUGAUUGCCAGCGCGGGCAUCGCAGUCCUUGCUCGAUCGGUAUACGUCCGGAGAGAUUAA